AUGCACGUGCGUGUCUCAAAUGUUUUUAGUCUAGACCUCACACCCCGGACGCGUGCCACAAGUCCGCGUGCUAAGCCAUCCCUGAUGGGGGAACAAAGCGCGCUACGGAGCAACAAUAAAGAGACAGAGGCGAUUUCAGUGUGCUACAAAGGAAGGAAUGUCAAACCUAUCACGAGGUUUGGAUGCCAGUGUAAAGUGAGCCUAGUAUGUUGCCACCAAAUUAGACCGGUUUUCUUAGUGGGUUACAGUUCUAUUAAUAGUUCCCCUCUCCACCUGAAAAAUUCCGAGACAGUGCCCACCAGGCACGGAAGCGAUAUAGCCAAAACAAAAAGUCAUCAGAACGGCAAUAUUUGA